AUGUACCUCCAGCUCAGCCUACGUACAUCGCAUGAAACGCUCAAACACGACCGUGUAGUCCUUGAUAUUCCCCGCAUCCAGGGAAAGGGGCCGUUAACCAGGCCUAUGGCGGGGCUAUACGGGACCGAUAUCGCACGAACAGUCGAUGGUACGUUAUGGAAUGACCUGCCAUUCUUGGUUGGUAACAUGGCCGAGUUAUGGAUCGACAAUGCUCUACCAAUGGCUGGCACUCAGCCCCUUGUCCUCUUCCGCUGUCUGUUUGAGGAGAGACAAGAGCUUCGCACUGACGAUGACCCAGAUGAUAAGAAUCCAAGAAGGACCAUGAGUUCACUAGAGAUUAUGCAUUUAUUGCUAGCUGCGUUUGCGUGGUUUGACGAGGCUGCGUAA